GCUUCAAUGCUUAGCUCUCUCACUUCCGCGUACAGUUUAUGAGAUAUCACUAUCAGAUAGCUCUUAGUUUUUCAUUAUGGCUUCGACAUUUUUGACGGAAGAUCCUGCUUACAAAAAUCUCCAGGCAUGCUACGACCGAAUUGGAAGCAAAAUGAGCCUUAAUGAGCUGAUGAAUUCCGACCCGAAACGAUUUGAAAAAUACAGUCGAUGUAUUCAAACGCCGGAAGGAGACUUUCUCCUUGAUUUUUCCAAAAACCUUGUGAAUGAUGAAGUCUUUGGUCUCCUAUUAAAGCUGGCUGAAGCCAGAGACUUACAGGGAGCUCGAGAUCGCAUGUUUACAGGAGAGAAGAUUAACUUCACUGAGGACAGGGCUGUGCUUCAUGUUGCCCUACGUAACCGUUCUAACACCCCUAUCAUGGUCAACGGCAAGGAUGUAAUGACGGAUGUUAAUGAAGUUCUUGGCCGUGUAAGGAGUUUUACAGAGUCUGUUCGUAGUGGUGCAUGGAAAGGAUACUCAGGAAAGGCUAUUACAGAUGCUGUCAACAUUGGUAUCGGAGGGUCAGAUCUUGGUCCAGUGAUGGUGACGGAGGCAUUGAAACCAUUCGCAGGACCACUCAAGGUUCAUUUUGUGUCCAACAUUGAUGGAACCCAUCUUGCUGAGGUCUUGAAGAAGGUCAAUCCUGAGACUACAAUCUUUAUUGUAGCAUCAAAGACAUUCACCACCCAAGAGACGAUCACCAAUGCUACCUCUGCAAAGAACUGGUUCUUGGAAACUGCCAAGGACCCUGCACACGUUGCCAAGCACUUUGUAGCUCUCUCCACCAAUGCUGAAAAGGUUUCAGCUUUCGGUAUUGACAAAAACAACAUGUUUGGAUUCUGGGAUUGGGUUGGUGGACGCUAUUCUCUGUGGUCAGCCAUUGGGACCACUAUCGCCCUUUACGUCGGCAUGGAUAACUUUGUGAAGCUUCUAGAGGGCGCUCACUUCGUGGACAAUCACUUCCGCACCGCUCCAUUGGACCAGAACAUCCCCGUCAUCAUGGGUCUGCUGGGAGUCUGGUACUCCAACUUCUUUGGUGCGGAGACUCAUGCCCUUCUCCCAUAUGAUCAGUACUUGCAUCGCUUUGCAGCCUACUUCCAGCAAGGUGACAUGGAAUCCAAUGGGAAGUAUGUUACCCGCGACGGACGACGUGUGGAAUAUAAAACUGGUCCCAUCGUAUGGGGAGAACCAGGAACUAAUGGCCAGCAUGCUUUCUAUCAACUCAUUCAUCAAGGUACUCGUCUGAUCCCAGCUGAUUUUAUUGCUCCUGUGGAGACCCAUAAUCCCAUCCAAGCAGGCUUACAUCACGAGAUCCUCUUGGCUAACUUCUUAGCUCAGACUGAGGCUCUGAUGAAAGGCAAGACUAAAGAAGAAGCACAGAAAGAACUAGAGGCUUCUGGGAUGUCCGCUGAAAAUAUCAAACUCAUUCUUCCACACAAGGUGUUUGAAGGCAACCGUCCAACCAACUCCAUCAUGUUCCAGAAACUAACACCUUUUACACUUGGAGUACUGAUUGCUAUGUAUGAACACAAGAUCUUCACUCAGGGAAUCAUAUGGAAUAUCAACUCAUAUGACCAGUGGGGGGUGGAGCUUGGCAAGCAGCUUGCGAAGAUCAUCCAACCCGAGCUCAAAGACGCCAACCCAGUAUCCACGCACGACUGCUCAACCAAUGGCCUUAUCAACUUCAUCAAGACUCACAGGAAGUAAGAGAGAAACCUGCCGAGCGAUCUCAACUCCCAUCUUUGAUGUGAAUUAGAUUGACCCCCUGAUGAUAAAAGCAAAGGUAAUAUUUAUGCAAUCUAGUCUCGAGACAAAGAUUUAAAAUCGAACAUAUUUUUGAAUGGUUAAUUAUGUAUUGAGAGAUUGGAUUAUUUGUGCUUUCCCAUAGAUCAGAUGAUUUUAUGAUAUAUUGUCUUGCUAUUCUCAAAAGAUAUCAGUACUUCCUACCAUUUGUAUUACUCUUUUCAAAAGAGAAUAAUUUUGUUUUUGUUUUGUAGAAUAUAUGCUAAUAUUGUAUACAGAGAUAAGGGCAUACAUUUAUGUUGAGUUGUUUAACAAAUGAUUUGUUUAUGAAGAUAUGGUUUUCAGGUGCAUGUUUUGUGGUUCUUAGAUUUUUAUUUAUUCAUGAAGCAUAAUGAUGUUAUGUAACCACAAUACAAUUGUAAUGGUUACUUAUAAGAAUAAUGAAACUUUUUAUUUUAUUCAAGAUAGUGAUCUUGUCUUAUCAAAUGGUCUGUCUCAUAAAGAAAUAGCUAUCUUAUCUUUUAUAAAAUGAGUUUGUCAUUUAUGUUUUACAUAGGUGCUAUGGAGUAACAUCCUAUUGAUUAAAUAUCCCAUGAGUGAUAUUUACCUCUAUUUUACUGAAAGUCUGUUUGACAGAAUGCAUAAUUAGUCAUCCACUUUGAUAUUUACGUUUCUUCUUUGUAUUAUUGAUCUAAUAGAAUUAGUAUACAGUAUUUGAGGGGUAAAAUUGGGUAUCUACAGUUUGUGAAAUUAUGAUAUGUAGGUAUGUAAAAUCAUGAAGGGUUUACAUUGCUUUUUACAUAAACUUACUAAAUAAUUAUUUUUUUUUGGUUUUAUUCCCCAAAUUUAGAGGUUUCUCUAUUUAAAGUAACACCCAAUAUUAUUUUCAACAACAAUUUUCGUUUGAAGAUAACCUUAACUUUAUCUAAUAUUUUAAAUGAAAAAAAAAUCCCACAGUCUAGGUCCAAUUUAAGGAGUAAACAUGCUCAACCAAUAGGAUCAACAGGAUUUAUAGGAUUUGUUUACAUUUUGAAAGCUUGGCAUGUAAAUAUUCCUGCAAGUAUAUAAAAGAUGAAAUGUUGUGCUUUUAUAGUUACUGUAGAAUUUUCAUGCUGUGCUUCCUAUGAUGGCUCUCUGAAUGAAAUAAAACGUAUCAAUGAAAUAAUAAUUUAAAGAGUGAAAUAGAAUAAUGUAUAUGUUCAAUUGUUGAUAAAACUAAGAAAUGUCACAUUAUUAUUCAUUGACUUCUUGAAGAUACAUGUAUUUCAAAAUAACAAUUUUAUUGUUUAGUCCAUCGUCACAAAAUCUGUUAGUUGACUUUUUUACUACACUGUGUAGUAGUCUCAGACAAGCCUCAGUCAUAUUUUGCUAGAAUUAUUUUACUGUGUUUACACCUUGGUACUGUAGUCACAAUGAAGAAAAUGAAGUUUAUAUUAUAAGAAAUUAUGUGUAUGAUAACAAUCUAUCAAUAAUUCAAGAACAUUUUAUACAAUGUAUUUUGUGCACCUUAAUCUCCUCAAUAAAACUACACGUAGUUUGAGAUA